AUGUCCAACUUUCUAGAAGCUCGGGCGGAGGAAGUCGUCCCGGGAGGGCUGCUCAUGCUCAUUCUCCCGGCUCGACCAAAUGGGGUCCCGCACUCUCGACUCGUUCAGAACGUCUUGGUUGAUGUGGUGGAGGACUGCCUAAUGGAUCUGGCUAGAAAGGGAAUAAUUGAUAAAGAGAAGGUGGAUAAGUUCAACUGUCCAAUGUACUUUACGUCUGCACAGGAAUUGGAAGAGACUGUGAAGCUCAAUGGAUUUUUCCGUAUAGAGAGGAUGGAAGGUUUGCCCCGUGUCAAUAGUUUUCGUCUUUUUGGAAUAAGCUCCCAACAGGUGUCCCUCAACUUUAGAGCCGCAUUCGAGCACCUAAUAGUCACUCAGUUUGGACAAGAAAUCUCUGAUCAAAUUUUCGAUACUCUUUUCACCCGUAAACUUAUCAAAAUGCUGUUCCGUUUACUCUCCGCGUCAUCGCUUUACUUGUUUGUGCUUCUCAAACGCAAGCAUGAUGAAGAUGAUGAUAUUCUAUAA